AUGCCGACCGCUGUGAUUAAGCCCCCUAACCUGAAGAAGCUGCUCGGCGAGCAGCAGCAGCUUCUGGUGGCACUGCCGCGGCCGCCGACCCCGUCGUCGGUGUACCUGUCGGCGCCAGUGCUGCCGCUGACGAGCGUGUACCACUCGCGUGGCGCCGUCACGGCGAUCGAGGACCGUCCUCGGUGUGCCGACGGCGGUGAAGACGAGGCGGCGAAGGAGGCGCCGCUACUCUCGGAGUUGCUCAAUGCAGCGCCACGCGUGAGCCUCGACGUAGAGAAGACGCUCUCACUAGCGUGCAAGGUGCUUGCCAAGGCCCACUGUCAGUCACUCGAGCUCUCCGGCGAUGCGCGGGAGUCGCUCGGCCGAAUCACGGACUUCGGCACGUGUUGCCCCGCCCUCACGGCGCCACCCGCGUAG